CUGCUGCUCACACCCCAGCCUCUCACUACAGUACCAUAAUCAUCAGCAAAGCAGUGCUCUGGUCUGGUUGUUUUGCUGAUGAGGGAUGAACAGCGGAUCCUCAGCACCACUUACCGACGCAUAUGCUCCACCGACAACCUUAGGAAUAAAUUUAGGGGAGAAGAAAUAGUGGGUUCAGGAUCCAGGCUUUUGUAUCUGACUGAUACAUAGACUCCUUAGGUCGAUCCUCUGAACUUCAGCCCGUAGACACGCGCGACUUUAUUAAUCUUCUGCCGAUCUGCUAGAUGUUUCGUCGAAUGUGACUCCUUAUCGCGGUGUACUUACGUCGUCGGGAUGCAUUCAGGCAGUGGACCUUUGUCGUGUACAAUACGUUCAUUACGAAGCAAUUCGCAGCUGGAUCGCCGUAGGCAGCUCGUGACCGUUCAUUCCUGACGGACUCAGGCGACUAGAAUUUUCACAGUAUGAUUCCGACUUCCAAGACCCUCAAGGGUAUGGGUCAGCCUCGCGUGGCUGAUAGCUAUAAGAGGGGUUUCUCGGACCGUGAUAUAGAGCAGGCGGUUAUCGCUAUGAAGAAAGGGACGCGACUCCUGAAGUAUGGCCGAUUGGGACGCCCGCGAGCCUGCUAUUUCCGUUUGUCUGCCGACGAGGCUGAGCUCGUGUACCUCUCAGGCGACAGAGAAAAGUCGCUCCCUCUCUCCGCUGUCAGCACGAUCGCGUGGGGCCAGAAGACUGCCAUAUUUCACCGGCAUCUGAGGCCCGACAAGGAGAACCAAUCCUUCUCCAUCAUCUUCUGCAACGGCGACAGGACCAUCGACGUCAUCUGCAAGGACACGGACGAGGCGGAGAUGUGGUUCGUGGGGCUGGGGACGCUGGUGGAGAAGCAGCGCAGGACGCAGUCAGAGCGGCUGGGCAGGCAGGCGGCGGCAGACAGGCUCACGCCCGACUGGUCGCCCAACUCCUCGCCCUUCCCCUCUGUUGACCGUAAGCCCCCCGCAGGCGGCUCCGUGACAGCCAGUCCCCCAGACAGGCUGAGCCCCGACAUGAGCCUCAUGCCGGCGUCCAAGUCGGCGCAGGACAUCUCCUCGUACCCGGCAGCAGACGACCGCUCCAGCGACGGCGACGACGCCUCAGACACAGCCUCCCUCAGCGGCUUCUCCAUGCACUCCGUGCCUCACGGGUCCAACGCCGCCGCCCUGUCUCUUCUGGGGCUUAAUAGUGGCGGCGGGGGUGGUGGGGGUGGCGGGGGUGGUGGCGGUGGUGUGGGGGGUGGUGGUGCCAGCGGCAAUAUCACUUUUGCGGUGGCAGCUGGGCCUGGAACAGGUGCUGUGCCCUCCACCACCUCCUCGUCUUCCUCCUGGUGGGACAAGUCCUCCAGCUCCACUAGAACGGACUCCGCAGCUGUAUCCCAGGGUAAACCACCCUCCGGAAUCUGGAGCGAUGCUGCUGUGACCAGUUACCCCAGCGUCACCAGCAGCAACGUGGACGAGGCGGUGGGGGAAGCUCUAGGGGACCUGUUCAUGUGGGGGGAAGGGCUGGGGGAAGGGGCGCUAGGCGGAGGGAGUCUGAGGAAGAAGGGCGGGCAGAGGAUGGGGCUAGGGCCGGACUACGACUGUGCUGCGCCCAAGGCGCUGGAGUCGGGGGUGGUGCUGGAUAUCUGCAGUGUGGCGUGCGGCGAGGAGCACGCGGCGCUGGUGACGCGGCAGGGGGAGGUGCUGUGCUGGGGGGAGGAGGCGGGGGGGCGGCUGGGGCAGGGCGUGCAGGGGGACGUGGAGCACCCGCAGCUUGUAGAAGCCCUUGGGGGGUUGCGGGUGGACCAGGUCGCGUGUGGCAACCACUUCACGUGUGCGCUGACACGCUCUGGCGACGUGUACAUAUGGGGGGACGGGCGCAGGUGCCAGGGGCUGCUAGGUUCCGGCGGGUACGGGGACAUGCCGCAGUGGGUGCCGCGCAGGCUGGGCGGCCCUCUGGACGGGUUGCAUGUGGUGCAGGUGGCGUGUGGCCCGUGGCACGUGGCCGUGGUGGCGGGGUCAGGGGAGCUGUUCACAUUUGGGGAUGGCACGUUUGGAGCUCUAGGGCACGGCAACUGCGAAAUUGUCCCGGUACCGAGGCAAGUGCAGGCGCUGCAGGGCUACAGAACCCUCAGAGUAGCGUGUGGGGUGUGGCACACAGCAGCAGUAGUGGACACAGGCCAACCUGCCGAUGCUGGUGGUGGUGCCAGUGGUGGUGGUAGCGGUGGUGGCGGCAGCAUGGGGGGGUGCGGGCAGGUGUAUACAUGGGGUGAUGGUGACGCGUACAAGCUGGGCCACGGAGAUAAGCAGCAGCAGCUGGUGCCGCUUCUGGUGAACGCCCUGCGCCAGGAGGGCUGCUGCCAGGUCGCAUGUGGCGAGAGCCUGACAGUGGCAGUGACGGCAACAGGCCAGGUGUAUGCAUGGGGCAGUGCCGAGCAUGGGCAGUUAGGCAACCCUCAAGCUGAUGGCAAACUGCCAGCGCGAGUUGGCGGCCCUCUGAUGCUGAAGCAUGUGGAGCAGGUGGCGUGUGGCACGCACCACGUGGCAGUUCUCACAUCCACGUCCGACCUCUUCACAUGGGGCAGGGGCGCCAGCGGCCGCCUGGGCCACGGGGAUGUGAAGGACAGAGACGUGCCCACCCCUGUCGCUGCGCUCAAAGACCGCCGCGUCUUGCUGGUGUCCUGUGGAGCAGCCAGCACAGCCGUGGUGUGUCAGCACAAGCCGUUCUCUGGAGCCGACAACUACCAGUGCAUGCAGUGCCGCCAGCCCUUCACCUUUGCCCGGCCCCGCCACAACUGCUACAACUGCGGGCAGCCCGUGUGCCAUGGCUGCAGCAGCCGCAAACUACUAGGCGCUGCCAUGGCGCCCUCCUCCUCUCGCCCCUACCGCGUGUGUGACUCGUGCCACGCCAAGAUGACUAAGGCUGCUGCUGCUGCUGGGGCUGCCGCUGCAGCGGCUACUGGGCUGGUGCAUGGGGUUAUGGGUGGUGUGGGUGGGAUGGGAGGAGGGGGUUCUGGUGGCGUGGCGGGAGGGGGAUUUGGUUCUGGGGCGGUUGCAGCAGCGGCGGGAUUAGGGGCGGGUGCAGGGGCAGGGGGGGCUUCAUCUAGUGCAGGUCAGACUGCUGGCUUCGUUAGGGCUAGUGCUGGAGGAGGCAUGGUAGGAGGGGCGGGGAUGGGUGGAGGAGGAGCAGGAGGGGGAGCGGGAGUAGGAGGAGGAGUGGGAGCAGGGGGUAUGCCACCUGUCAGCGUUUCGAUGAGCUGGCGGUCCCGGAGCAAGUCCAUGUGGCAGAGAUCGCGCACAUCCAAUGAUGUUGAGAAGCUAGACUCGUCACAGGCUGACGUGGCAGCUGCAAUUUCCUCAGGAGCAUCAUCAGCAUCAUCAUCAUCAUCAGCAGCAGCAGCAGCAGCAGCAGGGAGGGUUUCAGGGGGGCCGGCGACCUAUGCUCCCUCUGUCUCUGCCUCCAUAGAUGGUCUCCCUAACUUCCGCAGCACUCGCACCGAAACCCUUCCCGCCCUCUGGAGCUCCAUAGCUGUCCCCACCUCCUUCGCCUCAUACCUCUCCCAACAGCCACGCAUGCAGACACUGCAGGGACCCUCCCCUCCCCCACACUCCCGCGCCCUCCCCCCUUCCUCUAGUUCUGUCACUGCCUCCCUCCCCUCUCUCCCUGCUGCUACUCAUGCCCACUCUGCCUCUCCUCCUCUCUGCACCAACGCCUCCCCUCCCGCCAAACCCGACGACUCCCACCUCCGAACCAGCCGAUCGCUCCGAGGCUCGGCCGCAGGCUCGGGGAAGAGGUCAACCAGCCCUAUGCUGCGACGGUCGAUGGGGGGAAGCCCGCUCCGCCGAGCCUCCAGCCCCACCGCGGCUCAGAUAGCUUCGGCGGCCGCGGCUGCUAUGGCGGCAGCGAUGGCUGGGCGGGUCCCCGGCCCCUCUGCUGCAUCCCUUGCAGCAGCAGCGGCAGCAGCAGGGCAGGCGGGGGCGGGCGGCAUUGGAGGGGAGCGGGUGGGGUGGAAGGAGAAGGAGGAGGGUCUGCUGGGGCACAUGCGCUGGAAGAGAGUGACAUCAGAGGCGGAGAGGGACACAGCCAUGGCGGGGAUGAGGCAUGCCAAGCAGAAUGCAGAGCGGGAGGCGUACCGCCUGCAGGAUGAGGUCGAGGUGUUGCGGCAGCACUGCCAGUUGUUGGAGCAGGAGCGCAGGGCAACGCUGGAGCUGGCCCAGCGGCAGGUGGAGGCCGCCGUUGCUGCUGCCAGUGAAGCAGGGGCGCGGGCGGCAGGCGCGCACGACAUCAUCCAAGUGCUGUGCGCACAGAUGCAGGAGCUCUUGCACCAUAUGCCGUCUCUGCCCACCAGGCAAGCCAGCCUCGCCAUCAGAGCGGUAGACAACUCUGUGCUCUACUCUGGGCCCCUCCUCCUCUGUUCCUCCUCCGCGCUCCCCCCUUCCCUGGUUGAGCUCCCGCCACAACCCAUCUCUGCUUCUAGUGGUGCCGCUCUUGCUGCUGCAGCUGCUCCAGCUGCUUCUGUGGAAAAUGGUGAGGCAGGUGGCAUAGGGGGGGCAGGAGAAGCAGCAGGAGCGACAGCAGGGCCGGCAACUGCAGCAGCAGCAAGUGCUGCAUCUCAGGCAGCAGUAACAGAAAGCAACAGAUCAAGAAGCAGUUAUGCUGGUAGCACUCCUCCACCCAGGAACUUCCAUGUGUCUUCCUCUCUGGGUAGCCUCAACAGAGUGGAUGCUGGUGGGAAGGCGGGCAGUGGGCUUGUACUUGACUUACCAAAGCAGGAGCACCAUUGGGAGGCGAACGCAGGAGUAGAAGAGUUGGUUCCAGAGGGCCAGAACGAUGGAUCAGGGCAGCAGGAGCAAGGGGGGGGAGGAGGGAUGGGGGAAGGAGGCAGGUGGGAGGGUAGGGGAGGCGUGCCUUGGACGCCUACAGGGGGCUCCUCGAAUACCAUCUCGCCGCGGUCCAGAUGGAUUGGUGGUGGGAGAGCGACAGAAGGAGCAGCGGCAGGAAGGAGAGAGGGAGGAGGGAGAGAGGCAGGGUCGUUUGAUGGCUUGGCAGGGGGGGACGUGGUUAGGGGAAGCUCCAGUUUGGAUGCGCGUCAAAGCGUGGGAGGGGUUGAUUUGGUGAGGGGAAGCUCAGGUGCACAGCUUGAUCGGUUUGGCUUGAGGGAGUCACAGGGGGGGCAUAUUGGCGGUAGGGUUGGAGGGGCAAAUGGUGAGACGCAGGAGCGCAGAACACUGCCCUUGUUUGAGCCGCCGCCACAGAGCUCAGCAGGCGAGGGGCAGGAGGGCAGAAUGGUGCCCUCGCUUGUGCGCCUUCACGAGUCAUUGACCCAUCUGCGGCAGCGCGAGGAGACUCCUGAGCGCCUCUCUGCGGCUCCUCCCCAUCCAGCCGUGUCUCAUGUGCCCGGGCCGUGCAGCAGGAGGAGUUUGCCAGCCAUCCCCGGAAUGAGCAGCAGAGGCAGCCUGGUUGGAUCGAAACAAAAUUUGCGCGCAGAGAUGAAUGGUCGGAUCAGUGGGGGAGGGGGUGAGAGUCUCCGAAGCGGAUAUGGGCCUGGGGGAUCGGCAGGGGAGGGGGUGGACGAUGGGGAAGGGAGGGACGCAUCUGGAUUUGGUGCAAGCAGGCAGAAGCUGAGCUUUGGGGGGCAAGGAGGUGAAAGCGGGGAGGCCAGUCUCAGGCUUGACGGGUUGCCAGAAGGAGUAAGGGAGGGCGAGCCAGGGACUGAGGAGGGAGAGGAGGGAGAGGAGGGAGAGGAGGGAGAGGAGGGAGAGGAGGGAGAGGAGGGAGAGGGUGUGAGGCAUGAGGGUGGAGCGGCUGACACUCUUUCUGCUGACCCAUCUACGGAGCAGGAGCUUCAUGCGAGGCUGUCAGUCAAUGGCACUGAUGGCAUUUGUGGCACAGGUGGUGCUGGGGAGUACUCAGGCAUGCAUAGUGAAAGCGCAGCAGGGAUGCAUGGAUUGGAUGGGAUUACCGAGUGUGAGGAGGAGGGUAGAGGAGCGGACUCUGGGGGGGGAGAUGAGAGGGAUGGCUCUCAGAGUGAAGCCGGCUCAGCAACCUCCAGCAAGCACGGGGAGGGGAAGGGAGGCAGCCGGAAGUCGAGCCGAAAGCUGCACGAGAAUGAGUGGGUGGAGCAGCCGGAGCCCGGUGUAUACAUCACUCUUUCCACACUGCCUGGUGGCGGCACCGAGUUGAGACGCGUCCGAUUCAGCCGCAAGCGCUUCAUCGAGCGACAAGCAGAGACGUGGUGGGUACAGAAUAAGGCCCGGGUGAUGGAGAUGUACGCCAUUAAGAGCACUCACAAGAGAUCAGCUGGAGAGCCUAGCUCAGAAGUAGACACAUAGAGUGAUCUUGACAUCUUGUACACUAGGCGGUAGUGGAAGCAUAAUUAACUUAAAAAAAAAAAGGGCGUUAUGGCCAAGACUUCGUUGUGAAAUACAUGUGAUAUUUGCUG